GCAAUUGUUAUGCUAACUUGCGUACUAGCUAGCAAUCAAGUAUGCUUGGUUAUUCGAUUCAACAUAGUUUGAUUAGUGUCAAUCUCAAACCUAAUUUCACAAAAAAUAUCUCACUAUUUGAUUGUAGCAUAGUCUACGCGAACUUGUAAACAACCAGUGGUUUCUUAGCUACGACAAAACACUGUCUAGUAGUAGUAGCAAGCAAGCGAGCUAACGUUAGUGAGUUGCUAGCUGGAUAGAACGGGUUGUCUAGUUAGCAAACUGGUGGUCUUGCUAGUUUAUAUAAUACUUGUAAAUGACUUGGAAUUGAUGAACACAUUCCUUGUACUUUGUGUAAUCUUGAAUAUUUUAGAUAGCCAACGCUGUACCGCGCAUUUCGCUUUAACUAAGCUAGCGAACUACGCAGGUUCGUGUUGCUAGCAUAUUUUCAACGCGCAUCAGCUUUUUGUCUGUCUUUCUGCGGUAUAAAGCCACCAUGGAUAAGGUAACCUGUUAUCCUUUUAUGUAGCUAUCAAACUAAACAUGUUAUGGUUACAGUUGACUGCUAACUAACUAGUAAGUUACCCUGUUUUGAAUUUGAACUAGUUCAAUUUAGGCCCUGUGUUCAUCAUCAAGCUGACUUAGCUAACAUAAUGACAGCUAGAAAAAAAUAAGUUUCAUGAUAUAGGCCUAACGUUAUGUUGUCCCUCGAUAACUACUUAUCUAAUUUAUUAUCUAGUUAGUUAAGCCAAUGUCAUUUGGUUAGGUACCGCAAUUGUUCAGUUGGCUACCCAGGAAGAUAUUUCCCAAUCCCAAUGUUCAGACUUGAAGUAUCCUAAAAAGCUAGAGUAGUCGGCUAGGUUCAUUUCUCACAUUUGCUUUCUUUCCUAAACAGGCAGAGUUUUUAAAAGGACUACCUGUCUACAACAAAAGCAAUUUCAGCAGAUUUCACGCAGACUCUGUCUGCAAAGCAUCAGUAAGUGUCUUCCUGCCCUUAGUUCUGUAUGUCAAAGCAAUUCCAAAUUAAUGUGAUUGUUGUUGGGCGUUUCAACUGAGAGCAUGAAUUGCCAAUGGCCAACAUAGAUAUUGAAUUUAGUGCCAAACAAUGCAUCUUGUAAUUGGUCUUUGUUAUAUUUCUCGCCUGUUGUUUGGGUUAGUUAGUUAGUGGACACAUACUUGAUUUAGACUCUCACCUAUUUCUGUCUUUAUUUCAGAACCGGAGGCCCUCUGUGUAUCUCCCAACUCGGGAGUAUCCAUCAGAACAGAGUGAGUGUCCCCUCGGAUUCAAAUGAUACUCUGUUGUCACAGUAUAUGUUUGCUGGUGUGUACUUCAGAUCUGAAUAGUGCGUAGUUUGACUGAUAAAGGUUACAUAUUAUUGAUUAGCCUGACGACCGACGUUGAAUUGUAUUGGAUUCAACGUCGGGCAUAAUUGAGCGUUUGGAUCAGGAAAGUUUCCUCUCACGACCUCUACAAGCCAGAAUGUUGAAUACAAUUGUAUUUUAACUUACUUUAACAUUUGUCUGUGUGGUUGGUCCUUUUGCAGGUAGGAAUGUGAGACAAUAUAUCCACAGGAAAGUAUAAUUACAUCAACUUUUCAAAGCGUUGGCAGUGCACCUGAAGCAUGCGCAGAACUAUGUAUACAUGUGCACGAGCUUGGCAAGUAUGCAUGUCUCUCCUGCAUGUAUUUUUAUCUUGUGCGCAUGCUUCAGGUGAUAGAAAUCUGAACGCACUGCCAGCGCUUUGAAAAGUUGAUGUAGUUAUACUUUCCUGUGGAUAUAUUGUCUCACAUUUCUACCUGCAAAAGGACCAACCACAUGGACAACCAGUAAAGUAAGUUAAAAUAUCAGUUUAUUCAACAUUCUGUCUUGUAGAGGAGACUUUACUGAUCCAAACGCUAAUUUAUGCCCAACGUAGAAUUCAAUGCAAUUCAACGUUCGGUCUUCAGGCUAAUUAUUGAUAUACAUUUACAAGAUAAACACGUUCUUUGUGAUUUAUAUUGGGUUUUGAUCUGAUAAAUUUUUUCUUCUAAGUCAUUGUCACAGAGAAGACAAAUAUCCUAUUGAGAUAUCUUCACCAACAGUGGGACAAAAAGGUAAAGUAUUGGGAAGGUUGAUACCUUCAUAAUGCAUUGUUUCUUUACUCAAUAUGGGCACUGUAUUGCUGUUUACUGUAGGUUAGCUAGUUUUCCAACCCCUCUCUGUAUUUUGUCUCGACAGAAUGCGGCCAAAAAGCGGGAGCAGGAGCAAGCUGAGGGGGAGAACACUGCACCCCCGCGGAAAAUUGCCAGAACUGACAGUCAGGAAUUAAAUGAGGACUCGUAGAGUGCUGUACACACACACACACACACAC